GCAGAGCAGGAGGGGAGGAGCAGGUGUGCAUGUAAGAUGUGAGAGGAGCGGUGACUGUACACACACACGUUCUCUACUUUCUUAUAAAAAGGGGGAAAUGUGCUCAAUGUAGCGGAGAAAAAGUAAAACUAAAGUAUCGAUCCGAUUCCAAUAUCGUUGUUGGUAUCGCUACGAUCGAUAUUUGGAUGGAUCCGCUCAACCCUAACCAAUAGGAUCACAGGAAUCAUAGUACAGUAUAUCAACAAUGGCAGCAGAGGGAGAUUUUCUAACGCGCUAUCGAGCUGUGUCAAACAAGCUCAAAAAGCGUUUUCUACGGAAACCCAAUGUUGCUGAAGCAAGUGAGCAGUUUGGUCACUUGGCUAAAGAGCUAAAACAACAAGACUGUCUGCAGUAUGCAGCGUUCUGUAAUCUGGCGAUGGCUCGCUGUGAGCAGACUCUUUUUAAUGCCCCAGGAGAGGCACUGGCACUGACCGAUGCUGCCCGACUCUUUCUAGCCUCUGAGCAGGAAACUCAAGCACUGCAUGCCCCGGGUUUUGACGAGCACUUGCAAGCUGCAUUAAACUGCUACAGCUUUGCCAUAAAGGUCCAUAUUGAGAUGAAUCAGCCGGUCAUGGCUGCAAGUCUCUCUCUUGAACUUGGCAAAGCUCUUAAGGAAAUGAAUAGACCUGGUGAGGCUAUAGUUCACUUUCAGAGAUCUGCAGAGCUUCAGUCUCAGAUACCUAUCGAGGCCUUGUUGUCUCUAGGGGAGAUAGCGUCCUGCAAAAUACUGACCCGUGAUUAUGAUGGUGCACUGGCUGUCCUUUCAGAAAUGCAAGUUAUGAGUCAAGAAAGAGGGCUGCAGCUGCCUGGCACAAACACUCCUGUCGGUGCAUUUAUGGACAUAAUAGCAAAGUGUGAAAUCUCCAGAGUGCUUCUGCUCAUGUUGCUUGAGCCUCCCCCACAAAAGCUACUACCCGAACACGCCCAGACCCUGGAGCGGUAUGCCUGGGAGUCCUUUGACUCACACAAUCAAGAUGGCAUGUCAGGAAAAAGACACAGAAUCACUCAAAUCUCUCCAGACAGAACUAUGGCCUCUCCUCACUGCAGAACAGAAUCACCUUCUUCAUUUAGUAGUGCAGGAGAGAAUCACCCCCUCUGGUCAGGGUGUUUAGUUCAGUCUUGUACACCCCCAUGUAAUCUCAUUCAGUGUAACAUUCCUCUUCCACUGCUGCUGCAUUAUAAUGACAGUUUCACAGGACAGUCAGGCAGCUGUGUACAGCUGUGCAACUGAACAUGGGUGUUAAGUAUGCUUAGAUAUUUAUUAAAUAUUUUAACAGGUCACAAAAUACUAAUCAAAAUG